ACAUACCAUGACUCUACGGUAUCCUGAGCGCCCGUCACAGGACGAGAGAGAUGCUUUGAAUUCGUAUUUGCAUCUUACGUCGCGCCUAUACCCCUGUAAAUUCUCUUUAACUUUGAACUUUACCCUGCUAAGAAGCAUUCAACAGACAGGAUCGAGAUUAGCAGCAAGUCUAUGGCUAUGCUCAGUACACAACAAAGUCAACGAGCGGUUAGGAAAACCGUUAUUUGACUGUGCCCACCUUGAUGAAACGUAUGACUGCGGGUACGACGUCACUGGUGUAGGAAUGAUCAAAGGUGGGAGGCGGUAGCCACCUCGCUGCCAAGUAUGUCUGAGUUGGGUCUGGCAUCAUUGAUCGGCUUUUGUGCUUUCGUAUCUAUGUUUUGGAUGUAUCUUCUACAGCUGUGCAUGCAUAUAUGUAUAUACCUUCCUCUCUUUACUUGGAUAUGCUGAUGUACCAUGGGUUAUACGGUGAACUUAUACCGGUUAAUGGUUCAACAAGCUGGUAUUCAACAUUAAUAUUAUUGGUCUUUGUUCACUUUCGCUGCAGUGAUGCAAGAUUAUAUCUUACAUUCAGCCUGAGUAUAUAUCCUAGCGAUUUCAAGCUGCCAAUUUGUUUUUAGAGAUUUCAAGACCGA